ACACUCCCCCUGCUAGGAACGGAGAGAUUGAAAUAGUGAAUGGGCCUCUCAAGUGUGGUGCAGUGGUGGGAGGAGUGGCAGCUGCGCAUCCUUGUCUUGGGCAGCCUCGCCAUCCAGUGCUUCCUUGCAGUAUUUGCCGGCGCUCGUAAGUCUCCUAUACGGCCCUUGUACAGGUUUCUGAUCUGGCUGUCGUACCUAGGCAGUGAUGCUUUGGCGAUUUACGCUCUCGCUGCGCUUUUCAACCGCCGAAGCAAGGCGCAGCAGAGUUCUACUUCUAUUCCUGUGUGCUCUUGUGUUGGUCAAACUCUGCUUGGCCGCAUCAAGAUUGUGUCUGUAACUGCUUUCUUCUUAAUGAAAAACGUACUCAGGCACGGUCGCGAAAAAAAAAAGUAUGCUAGUCGUGACCUAGAGGUGUUAUGGGCACCUAUCCUGGUAAUGCACCUUGGAGGACCGGUUACGAUUUCAGCUUACAACAUCGAAGACAACGAGCUCUGGAGGCGGCACAUUGUAACCACAAUAUCCCAGGUCACGGUGGCUCUCUACGUGUUUUGUAAGUCAUGGCCUCCAUCAGCUGAUAAGAGGUUGCAUGCUGCAGCAAUUCUGCUUUUCAUCCCUGGGGUUUUCCAGUGCUUUGAGAAGCCCUUGGCUCUCAAGAGCGCUAGCUAUAAUAGUCUGGUUAGCUCUUUGUUUGCUAGCGAUAAAAUUAGCCGGACUAAAACUAGGAGCAGAGAAGUAGAGCUUGAAGAAUACAUACAAAAGGCCAGGGAUUUUGUUAAGCGCAACAAGUAUCCUCCAGAACUAGACUAUGAUGGAGCUCGGCCCCACUUGAGUCAUCUCAGUAUACCUGAUAAGCUUUUCACAGAUGUCAUAUACGCCUAUUCUGACCGUUUUACUAGCUUGAAUUCCUUCUGGUUGCUCGAUGACAAACGAGCUUAUGAGGCGCUAAAUGAUGGGCUCUCCAGUUCCUUCAAUCUAUUUUACACUAAGGAUAUGGUUACCAAAGUUCCUUAUCGCUUGUGUUAUCAAUGUUGUGCUGCAUAUACACGGAUAUCUACUAUAGCACUGCCAAUUGUGGCCAUUGGUCUCUUCCAUAGUAGCCAUAAAAAGGAUUAUAGGGGAAGUGAUGUCAUCUUCACAUAUCUACUGCUGUACAUCACAUUCUUGUUGCAGAUUUUUUCAUACUUGGCACUUCUCUAUUUUUCUUAUGAGUGGCCUGAGACGAUUCCCCAACAGAGUCUCAUAGGAUUCUUUGCCCGCAAUAUGAGGCAGACCUGGUUGAUGUGCAUCAUGGGAUGCUUGCAGCUGAAAGACUUUUUUGACAAAUACUGGUGUACCUGCAGCUCAGCUAGAGCCAUUUCAAACUUAGUCUGUGUUCAUGUUAAGGAAGGAUGGCUAGAUUACAUAAUGGAUGCUGAGAGUUACAGGGCAUUCAGCGACAGCAGGGGCCAUUGGACACUAAAGGGGAAGGGGUGUGGGCAGCUCGUCAGUGAGAGCAUAGAGAAGCCAUUUGAUGAAAGCAUCCUUCUGUGGCAUGUGGCAACCGAUUUUUGCUUUCAUAGUAAGGGCGCAUCUCCUGAUCAAGAAUGUGCUAGCCGGUGCAGAGAAAUCUCCAACUACAUGAUGCAUCUGCUGUUUGCUAACCCAGAUAUGCUAAUGCCUGGCAGCAGAACAAACCUGUUCACAGCUGCCUACAAAGAAAUAGAGGACCUCCUGCAUGGUGAAGAUCUGCCUCUAGCAGACGAGAAGGAACUAUCACAGAAGAUAACUGAUAAGGUGGCUUCCAGUUCCAGAGAAGGCUUUAUUCAUCUAAUCAAAGGUGUAUGGAUUGAGAUCCUCUGUUUUUCUGCCAAUAGAUGCAGGGGUUACCUGCACGCCAAAAGCCUCGGCUCCGGCGGGGAGUACCUCUCUUUUGUCUCACUCCUGAUGUUGCAAUCAGGAUUGGAGACGUUCCCCGAGAGGAAGCAGAGCGUUCAGCAGCAUAUCAUACAGACAUCGGUUAUUGACAGAGAACUGGGUGGAAACUGCAUUCUGUUUUAG